UAUAGAUAGCUCACAGCCGACUAGAAAUAUCAAGCCAACGGAUAAAGCAAGAGCCGGACAAUUUGCCUGAUUUGCAAAUACGGACCGUUAAAGCGAAUUAAACGCAGAUUUUCAGGAUUGUAAUGAUACGCAAAUUCGGAUUGGAUGUUAUUCCCGCACUUUGCUAUAAUUUAAAAACUAUUUUUUGACUUGAAUGAAACCUAUGGAUAUUUUUUAUUGUUGAAAAACAGUAUAUAUAUGUGUGUGUGUGUGUUUUUUGAUAAUAUUUAAGCAAUGAAUAAAUUAAAAGUACGCGCGCGUGUGCGCAUUUCCAUAAUUCCCUUGCCCGGAUCAGGACCAAAUAAUCAAGUCAGGCGUGCCUGACCAAAUUUCCACUCGGGAUAUAGGUGUCGCACGCUGAUGCCGCAUUGCCGCACCGCACACACCGCACGUUCUCUUUCGAACUCCGGAGUCCGAAAGACUCUGUUGCUUGGCACGUCACUAGUCACCAAAAUAGUUUCCUUUCCCUUGUCAGUCGUAUAAAUGUUGAUAUCAAGCGAAUAAUUCAGUAAGUAAAGAUCCCGGUCAUUCGUUCGUAUUCUUUACCGUCGAUUUGUUAAUAUUACAAGUAGACCGGUUGUGAAAAAUCUCGGAAGUAACCUAAAAAUUCAUGCGCUCCGAGACCGUAUGUCUAUUGGACGUGAAUUACUCAGUCGUAAGCUUGGGUCAUCAACUAACUUACAAUGGCGAACGAUGAAAAUACUGACGGCGUAAACAAGAGCGAAAAGAUGGAAAAGAUGUGCGAAUUUAUUAGACCUAUGGUGCAGAACAACCCAGAUGGCUGGGGUCCGUGCGAGCUCCCUGAUCAAUUCAAGGAUAUUCCAUACCAGCCUUUCUCCAAGAGUGACCGUCUUGGAAAAAUCUCCGACUGGACUGGCACGGCCUACCAAGAUAAGAAAUUCCAAAAUAAGUAUAAUUCGCAGUUUGGAGGCAGUGGCAUGAAAGCCUAUGCAUACGAGCAUGACGAGGAUGAAACGACUUUCCACUUGGUUGACACGACCAGAGUUCAGAAGCCUCCAUACCAGCGUGGAAGGUUUGGACAACGAAACCAACGUAUGCGUGGACGUGGUGGUCAGCGAGGUGGUAUGAGCCAAAUGCAAGCUCUUGGUAAGCUGAAGAUUCACGAGAGGGACCGCAGGGGACAAAACAAGCGCUGGACACGCAGAAACCAAGCUCCCAUUAAGAUGCGUGACGCUUCUGUCACUGUGAGACCCGAUUGGGUUACCAUUGAAGAGAUGGACUUCCCCAGGCUAAGCAAGCUCACCCUUCCUGGUGUCAAGGAAGGAGAAGAUGUUCUCUGCUGCGGUGCAGUGGAGUAUUAUGAUAAAUCUUAUGAUAGAGUUAAUGUCAAGAAUGAGAAGCCUCUGCAGAGAAUCGAUCGCAUCUUCCAUACCGUCACCACUACUGACGAUCCGGUGAUUCGUAAGCUGUCCAAGACCGAGGGUAAUGUUUAUGCUACCGACGCUAUUCUGGCCACCAUCAUGUGCUGCACCCGCAGUAACUACUCUUGGGAUAUUGUCAUUGAAAAGAUUGGAAACAAGCUCUUCUUUGACAAGCGCGACAACACCGAGUUCGAUUUGCUCACUGUCAAUGAGACCAGCGUUGAGCCGCCUCAGGAUGAUGGAAACUCGCUGAACUCCCCGAGAAAUUUGGCCUUGGAGGCGACAUUUAUCAACCAUAACUUUUCUCAGCAAGUGCUCAAGUCUAAUGAGCCGAGAUACAAGUUUGACGAGCCUAAUCCCUUCAUUUCCGAAGAGGAAGAAGGUGAAGUCGCCAGUGUCGCCUACAGAUACAGAAAAUGGGAUUUGAACAAUGGAAUAACUUUGAUUGCCAGAUGCGAGCACGACGCUGUGAUGCAAGGUCCAAACAACGAGACGCAGUUCUUGACUAUCAAGGCUCUAAAUGAAUGGGACUCCAAGUUGGCUAACGGAGUUGAAUGGCGCCGAAAAUUGGACACCCAACGAGGUGCCGUUCUCGCUAACGAGUUGAGAAAUAACGCUUGCAAGCUCGCCAAAUGGACCGUCCAAGCAUUGCUGGCCGGCUCCGAUCAGCUCAAGUUCGGAUACGUGUCCCGAGCCAGCGUGAGGGACUCUAGUAAGCACGUCAUUCUGGAAACUCAGCAAUACAAGCCAAAUGAGUUCGCGACUCAAAUUAAUUUGAAUAUGGACAACGCCUGGGGUAUCCUGCGCUGUAUCAUUGACAUCUGCAUGAACCAGAAGGAUGGAAAAUACUUGAUCAUGAAGGAUCCCAACAAGCCCAUGAUCCGAUUGUACGAUAUCCCGGACAAUACUUUUGAGAGUGAAGGAGAAGAGGAGGACAGUGACGAGGAGGAGCAAGUUAAAGACGCUUUCCAGCGUUAAUGGAAAUCAGCAGGAUUACUGUCCAAUUCAUCAAUUAUUAGCUAGAAUGAAUAUGUUCAUUGUGAAUUCUGAUUACUAAUAAAUGGUGAAUGAAUGAAACAAUACAAUUUUUAUAAUCCAAACUUUCUUAUUACAUAGCAUUAUUAUACAAACAGAGUUCAAGACGAGAUAUCUGUGUAAAGAAAUAAAUAAAAUAAUAAAUGCAGUACUGCAUAAAA